AUCCAAGAAAUCCCAUUUAGUGAAGAGGGGGUAAGGAGGUUGCUUGCGUAAGGAACAAAGAACCCCCUCUCCCCAAUGAUACAUUAUUCUUUCAUCUUCUUCUGCUUAUGAUCAUGGCACAACCACCACAAUCACCGUCAAAAUUCGCCCAAUUCCCCAAUCCUAAUUCCCUUCCACCGAUGACAAAGAACCCCAAGGCGGCAAUCUCAGCUCCAAAGCCUUCCUGGUUCUCCCCCGAAAGGUUGCUGUUAAUCCUGUGUCUGGUUAACUUGAUAAAUUAUAUUGAUCGAGGAGCAAUAGCCAGCAAUGGGGUCAAUGGGAGUAUUGGGAUUUGCGAUGAGAGCGGAAUUUGCCAUCCCAGUACCGGAAUUCAGGGGGAUUUUAAAUUGAACAACUUUCAAGAUGGUGUUCUAUCAUCUGCAUUCAUGGUUGGGCUUCUCGUGGCCUCACCCAUCUUUGCAUCCUUGGCAAAGAGCCACAAUCCUUUUAGGCUGAUUGGAGUUGGGUUAUCUAUUUGGACAUUUGCCACAGCUGGGUGUGGUAGUUCAUUUAAUUUCUGGUCCAUUGCAAUAUGUCGCAUGCUGGUUGGAGUCGGUGAGGCAUCUUUCAUAAGUCUUGCAGCUCCGUUCAUUGAUGACCAUGCCCCUGCAGAUCAGAAAUCAGCAUGGCUGGCAAUGUUUUACAUGUGUAUACCAACUGGAGUCGCAAUAGGCUAUGUUUACGGCGGAUUUGUGGGAGAGAGCAUCAAUUGGCGUUGUGCAUUCUGGGGAGAGGCCCUUCUAAUGCUUCCCUUUGCUGUCUUGGGUUUUGCGGUGAAACCAUUGCAGCUGAAAGGUUUACCUCCUACUGAAUCGACAGAGCUUUUGGAAUCUAUUGAAACUAGUCCUUUAAUAGAAGAAUCAGAGAUCCCAAAUAUAAAUGGUCAUGUGACAGUUGACUGCAAUGAGACUUCUUGCUCAUGCCCUACAACCAAAUUUUUGGACCAAGUUUCAAGCUUCUCAAAGGAUUUGAAAGUACUUCUGCUUGAUAAAGUUUACAUUGUUAAUGUAUUAGGUUAUGUAUCAUACAACUUUGUCAUUGGAACCUACUCAUACUGGGGGCCAAAGGCUGGUUAUAACAUUUACCAUAUGAGUAAUCCAGAUCUGAUGUUCGGAGGUAUUACUAUUCUCUGUGGAAUUCUAGGAACUUUAACUGGAGGGCUCGUCCUUGAUGCAGUGGGUGCUACAAUUCACAAUGCUUUUAAGCUUCUUGCUGGAGCGACAAUGCUAGGUGCAAUAUUUUGCUUCAGUGCGUUUUGUGCAAAGAGCCUGCACAUCUUUGUAGUUUUUUUCUCACUGGGGGAGCUACUUCUGUUUUCAACACAGGCUCCAGUAAAUUAUGUGUCUCUGCACUGCGUCAAACCAGGGCUAAGGCCAUUGUCUAUGGCUAUCUCAACUCUUUCAAUCCACAUAUUUGGUGAUGUUCCUUCCUCGCCUCUUGUCGGAAUCGUUCAGGAUUAUGUUCACAAUUGGAGGGAAACGACUCUAAUCUUUACCUCUGUCUACUUUGCUGCAUCAGGAAUAUGGUUCAUAGGGAUCUUCCUUAAUAGUGUGGACAAGUUUGAGGAAGAUGAUGAAGAAGAAGUCUCUACAUUAGUUCAAGCCAACAAAGAACCAUUGCUUGAAGAGCACCACUUAAGGAAGGACUAGAGUUUACGUUAGUCUAUGCCUUCAGUUUGUUUGCUUCAUUCUAAGGUAAUGCAGAUUUAAUAAGUUGUUUGCAUGUUUGUUUUAAGCUGGAAGUUCUUAGGUUACAGUUGUAGAGUUGUCAGUUGGUUCCGUGGAAAAAAAAAAAAAAGGAAAAAAGAAUGUAAAUUACAUUUCCAGCUUAUUUCAGUCAAACAGACAUGCAAGCAAAUUAUGAAAUUUAAGCAUCUGCGAGCUCAAAAUCAUUACGUUGUUAAUCUUAGGGAUGUGAUUUCAACAAUACAGUGUUGUACAGUGAUGUAUAUAUUUGUUCCCAGAAUGUCAAAUGGGAAAAGUUAGGCUCUCUCUCUA